AUGCCGAUGGAAUCACUUCCUCACGAGAUCCUGCUGCAGCUUUGCUCCUUGUUGGAUCCUGCUGAUGCUCGAAGGCUUCGUCUGGCUUCCAGAAAGCUGUCGCAGAUCGCCGCCGAAAGAGGCUUCGUGGAGAUCAACUUCUACCUGCACCAACCCCAUUUUGCCAACCUUCGAGCACUUGCCCGUCAUCCUACACUCCACAAGUAUGUCAAGACUUUGGUUUUCAUCGACGAUACUAUGGGGGAAGAUAGCUCUGGCCUAGAUCUCGGCACCUGUCAAGCGAAAACGUUGGCUCAGCACAAACACCCCAGCGUUGAACGCUUCGAGAAGAACUGGCUCUGCUACGAAACCCCCUCGAGCAAACACAUUGAGGAUUGCACUUCUCUUGAAAUCCCCCACUCUACCGCUAAUGAGGUGGAAACCAGACAGUUGAAGUACAAGAAAACAGUUUACCGGCGACAGGAGCUCGUUGAGUCCGGUGAUGACUUUAGCACCAUGUUCGAGGUGUUGCCGAAGUUCACCUGCCUAGACGGCUUUGAGAUCCGCAGUGAGAGGCAUGUUCGGGAUCGAUUACGGACCAAAUCCCCAUUCGAUUCAUCCUUCCAUCGAGGUACGAGAGCCAUGGAAUAUUCUGCCCACAAUCUGCUCUUUGCCGUUCUCAAUACUCUCGAUGGUUGCGAUCUCCGUAUAGAGCUCGAUUCUUUAGUCAUUCGACCCAUGAAAACAUCGGCCCUCAAUGAAUCAACGCUGAUUUCCAUCGGUACCGCAUUUUCCAACCUCGAGUCUAUCGAUCUGAUCUUUGACUCGCGCGAGGAGAGAUUAGCCAACGUCGUCGGUUCCGAGCCCCUGCAGCCAGUCAAGACUGGGACAAAGACUGGUGCCUUGGCUCAAAUCCUUCAGGAUAUGCCAGAGCUGCGAUCCGUAUCCAUCCAAUUUACCGGGGACUCAACCCUGUGCUGGCAAGCUGAAUUCAAAGACAUUUUCAAAGACGGAAACAUAUGGAAGCAUCUCGAGUCCGUAUGGCUGGAACGCGUUACUGCUACACGAUGGCACUUCCAACAGUUCUUUGCUGCGCACAAAGGCACUCUUCGCUCUAUCUCCCUCGGCAACAGCAGAUUGGAGGAAUCAUCAUGGAUCAAACUCCUUAAGCACAUGAAAGCCGAGCUUCAACUGCGCGACUUGCGGCUCUGGGGUCGCCUCCAAGGCUCUGUGGAGGAUAACGAGGAUUACGAGAUGUCUCUUGUGAACAAUAAUGAGCAUUGGAACCUUGGCAGACCGGAGUCUGAGCGAGAUGUUGGACCAUGCCUGGCCACAGAGCUCGAGGCCUGGUACUUCAAUAAGAAAUCCUUCCCGACGAUGAUGCCCUUGAACUUGAUGGAGAGACAGGGAGGGGGUUUGGAGUACGAGCUUGUACCAUCUUCGCUGUUUGAUGGCCCUUGUGCAGUCUUGGAUUGA